AUAAUUUCUAUGGUAUCUGUUACUAAUUUCACGCAAUAUGGUUAUGUACGUAUCUGAAAGAAAGUAAAAUUUUUGAACUAGAAUUUAAAACAUAAAAAUGGCAAUUCAAAAAGAAGUACAUCGUUCGGGACUACUUAAGCAAACAAACAAACCUCAUAAACACGGAAAACAUCGCUCAAAAGGUGCUGUAAACGAAGCAUCUCAAGGAAAAAUAUCAAUUAAAACAUUAUCUAAAAAACACAAGAAAGAACUUAAUAAAGAACAGAGACGCCACCAAACUCAACAAAUUCGCAGAAAUAAACGUAACGAAAUUUUGGCAAAGAAGAGGCAGUUGGGAAUAUAUAGCCAAGCACCCUUUUUAGUAUGUGUUAUUCCGCUUAAUAAACAACUGGACCUUACCACAGCACUUCUACUUCUAAAUAACUGUGAUGAAGAAAAUAUAAUAAAUAAAAGUCCAUCUGGCAUAACUCAUUUAAGUGUUCCAAAGUUUAAGCAAAGAUUUGCGUUUAUUCAACCUCCUACUGACAACGAAUUUGCAACUUUGGAUACAUUAAAAGUGUGUAACACUGUUUUGUUUGUAAUAUCUGCUGCAUCAGAAACGGUCUUCAACAGUGAAUAUAUAGACCAAUGGGGAAAUAAAUUGUUGCUUUCUGCUUUUGCACAAGGAUUGCCAACACCUACGGUAGUGGUGACAGAUUUGGAUAGCAUAGCGCCAAAAAAACGAAACGAACAGAAGCAAGCAAUUCAAAAAUUAGUGUCAAAGUGGUUUCCAGAUGAAAAAAUUAUGAAUUUAGGCAAAAAUGUAGAUGCACUUAACGUCUUACGUAAAAUUGGUAAUCAAAAACAAAAAAAUCUUACUUAUAGAGACAGAAGGACACACUUGGUGGCUGAAAAAAUGGAAUUUGUCCCUGAAGAUGAUCACACAGGUACCUUGAAACUAACAGGAUAUUUAAGAGGAACUCCUCUUUCUGCAAAUGAUUUGGUUCAUAUAAUAGGAAUAGGCGAUUAUCAAAUUUCACAAAUCGAAGCACCCGCAGAUCCGUUUAUUAUCACUAAGGAAAAAAAUCCAGACAAUAUUAAAGGAAAACAUGUUCAAACUACGUUUUUAGAAAGAGCAGACCCUAACAAACAAACUUUGUUAGACUCGGAAAAUAUCCCAGAUCCUAUGGACGCAGAACAAUCAUGGCCUACCGAGGAAGAAUUUAAAAACGCUGAAAAAGAAGCAAAAAUAAAGAAAGUUAAAAAGGUUCCCAAAGGUUGGUCCGAUUACCAAGCGGCCUGGAUUCCCGACGAGGAUGCAGAGAUGGUAGAAGAUAGCGAAUCUGAUGAUGAAUUUAAAUGCACACAGUAUAUGUGUGCCAUGUCUGAAGGCGGAUCAGAUUAUUCAGAUACUGAAGACAAUAUGGACAACGUUACAGAGUCCGAAGUGGCCGUGAAUGACCAACAGUACGAUAAAGACAUGGACAUGGAUGAAGAAAAAAAGGAAUUCGAAACAAUUAAGCAAGCCAAAAUUGACAGAAUGUUUCCUGAUGAAGUGGACACGCCCCAAGAUAUACCUGCGAGGGUGAGAUUUCAAAAGUACAGGGGACUUGAAAGCUUUAGAACAUCUUCAUGGGAUCCUAAGGAAAACCUUCCUUAUGACUAUGGAAGAAUCUUUCAGUUUCAGAGUUUCGAAAGGACGAGGAAAAGGAUAAUAAAAGAAUUGGAAAAUAAAGACGGUGCUUUGCCAGGAUGGUAUAUAACUGUUCACGUGAGUAAGGUUCGAAAAGAAUUUUGGUUAUCAGUUACCGAAUCCAGAAUUCCGCCUAUAUUAUUCGGUUUGCUACCCCACGAACGAAAAAUGACUGUAGUAAACGUUGUUUUAAAACGUACAUCCACCUUUGACAAACCCAUAGCUUCAAAAGAAACUCUAAUAUUCCAGUGUGGUUGCAGAAGAUUCACUGUUAACCCCAUCUUUAGUCAACACACUAAUGGAAACAAACAUAAGUUUGAAAGGUUUUUUCAACCAGAAUUAACAGUUGUAGCAACAUUUUUUGCUCCUAUCUGUUUCCCACCAGCCCCCGUAUUGUGUUUUAAAGAAAUUGACGGCACACACGUCCUUGUUGCACAAGGUAGCGUCCUAAACUGUGAUCCUGAUCGUCUCAUAAUUAAAAGAGUUGUCUUAACAGGACAUCCACUCAAAGUGCACAAAAGGUCAGCCGUUGUUCGAUUCAUGUUUUUCAAUCGUGAAGACAUAAUCUACUUUAAACCAGUUAAAUUAAGGACGAAAUAUGGAAGGACAGGGCAUAUAAAAGAACCUUUAGGAACUCAUGGACACAUGAAAUGUAUUUUUGAUGGUCAGUUGAAAUCCAUGGACACAAUCCUUAUGAAUUUAUAUAAAAGAGUGUUUCCCAAGUACACCUACCAAGAACUACUCUGUACAACUAAGAAUGACGAAGAUAUUACAGAUUUGCCUAAUUAGUUAAAUGCUAAGUAUGUUAAUUUACUUCUGUAAUUGUGUUUUCAACUGUUUCUGAUUAAAAAAGAUAUAUGGUUA